CGGAAGUGCGUCGGGAGCGGCGGGGGGCCGAGUUCGUGGCUGCACCUGGGGGUGGGGGAGCGCGGCCGCCGUCAUGAGCCGCUUGCAGGAGGACGACGACCCCUACGUGAUCGAGGAGCCCAGCGACGAGGAGCCGGGGCAGAGCAGCUCAGAAGAUGAAGUGGAUGUGCUCCUGCAUGGCACCCCUGAUCAGAAGCGCAAACUGAUCCGGGAGUGCCUCACUGGGGAGAGUGAGUCCUCUAGUGAAGAUGAGUUUCAGAAGGAAAUGGAGGCUGAACUUGACUGCACUAUGAAAACCAUGGAGGGGAAGUGGAAGGCAUUAGAAGCAGGUACUCCCACAAGUACUGGAUCAGCUGGAACAGCUACCACUUCCAAGUACUACGAUGAUAUUUAUUUUGACUCAGAUUCAGAGGAUGAAGAUAAAGUAGUUACGGAGGUAGCCAGGAAGAAAAGGAGACAUCAACAACGCCGGAUUCCUACUAACGAUGAGCUACUGUAUGAUCCAGAGGAAGACAAUCGAGACCAGGAAUGGGUAGAUUCGCAGAGAAGAGGGUAUCACAAUCAAAGAAGAGGUCAGCAGCAGCAGCUUCAAUCUCAAGCCAUUCCAAACAGUGAUGCUGUUUUGAACUGCCCUGCUUGCUUGAUAACGUUGUGUCUAGAUUGUCAGAGACAUGAAUCGUACAAAACACAAUAUAGAGCAAUGUUUGUGAUGAACUGUUCUGUUAACAAAGAGGAGAUUCUGAAAUACAAAGCCCCAGUGAACAGGACAAUAAAAAGAAGAAAUAAGAAAAUGAAACAAAGCAAUGAGACCACCAGUGUCCAAGGAGAUGAGGAAAAGGAGGAAAUAUAUCAUCCAGUCAGAUGUAAUGAAUGUUCAACUGAAGUGGCUGUCAUGGAUAAAGACGAAGUUUUUCACUUCUUCAAUGUUCUAGCCAGCCACUGUUAACAUGUAAAAAGAACUUCAGUAUUUCAAGACCAAGACUGAGAGACCUCAAAAAUAUUGAUUGUAUAUAUUUUUAAAUGCCCCUUCAUACUACCUAAACAUUUUUAAACUGGCAUUUUUCUGGCAUCUCUUUAAAGAUUUAUGAAAGGGAAACAGUAAAUUGUUUGCAUUUGAGAAUGGUAUUCUAUCAGACCUUCAUGUAAUGAGAACAAAAAGUUUAAAUUUGUGUACACAGCGUGCAGUAUUUGUUGUGUAUUAGAACCACUACUUGUGUACUUAUUAUGAAAUAUCUUGAUGUAUGUUAGAACUGUUAAACUAAAUACUAUAUACAUUCUUUACCUACGUAGUACGGUUUUUGGAGUGCUGAUGAACUAGAUUGGUUGGUGGACUCCCUAAGUUGGCCAGUUGGUUUGGUUUUAUUGAAGGUGGAUAUUAAAGGAGAGAAUUUUGUAGAUGUAUCAAUAUCCAGAUGCUAUUAAAAUAUCUAAGUGUGGA